GGAGGCCGAACGUCGUGCACGAACUGGAUAGAUUGGCCAAUCAGACAAAGAAUCUGAGGCAGAUCACAGCAGAUCUAUUGAAGGAACAUGCGUUCGAGACAGACCCAGAACAGCAUAGAUUUAAGUCCCUGCCACUAAUGAACAACAGGGCCAGUGACAUCAACUCCCUUGAGAUGAGACCCACUCUCUCUCAGCUCCACGCAGACUUGAAGUCCUUUGAGCACCAUUUUGCCUGGUUGAGCAGAGCGUCAAGGAAACACCACCACCCUGCUCUCCCUAAACUGGGACAGAUGAUGUCACUCAUCAAGUCUCUCACCAGCAUGCUAGAGCAUCAGAUGAUGAGAGUUGAUGCUCAGCGUCUCUCUCCUCCCUCUCCCUCGAUGCCGCCUCCUCCCCCCUCCCAGUUUGAUGUGUUACAGUCUUCCCAGGAGCUGCUACUACAGUUCAGACUCUUCUGUGAUUGGGCCCAACGAGUGUUCUCAGUGCUCAGUACAAAGUCCAAAAUGUCUGCAGUACAAUGAUGAUUCCUGAAGUGCUAUAGUCUAUAGGGAUACACAGAAUCCACACUACAACCAAUGGGGAUCUAAUAGCUUCAACCGGCACUACAACCAAUGGGGAUCUACUAGCUUCAACCGGCACUACAACCAAUGGGGAUCUACUAGCUUCAACCGGCACUACAAACAAUGGUGAUUCAAGAUAAACACACUACAACCUUGCACUGUUGUCACUGAAUGUCCAUUCUCAUUGUAGCCAAUGUGGGAGCUCCAUAUUCAAACUACAGCCUACGAGGAUCCACCAUAUUCACACUAUUACAACCAGUAAUGGUCUCCAAUAUUCACAAACACGUCACUGCCACCCCAUCCUCUCUCUUAAAUACCUUGUUCCUGACUGUGUUAUUUAUCUAUUUAUUUAUUUAUUUACUUAUUUAUUUGAUGUCAUUAUUUAUUUGAUUUUGUAACGUGUCACAUAUCAUUUUUACUUACUUUAUUGUUGUGAAUUUAAUUCCUUGUACCUUGUCAAUACUCCUAUUUUGUUCUCACUCUCCCCCCCUUCAUCCCUCUUCCCAAACUAAACAAGGAGACCACACAGUAGCACUUCCUGACUUCUUACAGUCUCUAAAGAUAUGGAUUGUAUUUUCAACUAUUUAACCUGUCUCUCUUUACAAAGGGUAGCCUAUUUCCGCCUGUAGAUGUAGCAAACAUACUUGGCUUGUAGCAAGCAUAUCUUGGGAGAGCGUACAUGUAUUUUUCUUACAGUGCUGUUCUUUACCUUGUAGAUUUAGGGUUACUCAUAGAAUCUUCUGAACAUGUUAAAUGUGCCACCUGUUUGGUUUUGUAAACUGUUAAGAGAAUAAUGAACCAUGCCUCAAUCAGGAUGUCAACACAACAUAGGAGGGUAGAUCGUUUUUCCAUGCGUUUAGUUGCUAUUUACAGUCACUGUGUCCCACAUGGAAAAAUAACAGGUGGUAUAUCUAACGCUGUGGUAAAGGUUUAUGAGUAUGCACUGAUCUAGGACCUGAUCUAAUCUCUUUGCACAAAUUUGUUAGGAUUAGACUUUUGAGUCAGCUGACCCUUACUCUGUGCCUUGGUACACAAUGUUUGAGCGUUUUAGUGACAUAAAUAAGAAAUUAAAAAACACCCCAAGCCUUAAAAUACUAUGUAUUGUGAUAUUGUGAUACUACGGUUCUGCACAGUUGUACAAUAAUGUAAAUUGUUGUAUACAAUGCAAUUGUCUAUUAUAGUUUUCUAUGAUAUUUAAUGUAGAAUACUCUGUCAAUGCUAUCCCUAUCGUUUUGUCGCAAUAUCAAUAAUAUUCUAUUCUAGUAUUUUGUUACAGUAUUUACUAUUUAUUUAAGUUACUUUGGUGGAACUAUUUAUUUGCGCUGCAGAGGAGCAAGUCUCCUGUUGUUUUUGUACUUUUAUACUGUUUCUAUUCAUAUUUACCAUUAUCAUUGCUUAUCAUCCAUGUUGAAAUCAUUGUAGUACCAUGCGUGAACGCUGUGGAAAACCUUGUGCUUGGGGUCUCCAGCACACAGACUGACUGAUUGGCCUAAAUGUGAAAUGUGUGCCUUGAAAAAAAAAAAGUUAAUAAAGAA